CCUUACGCUACUAUUGUCUAACUCGUAUUCAAACAAAUUUCGCAAGAUUAUUAAUAUGACGUAGUGACGUAUAAAAUACUAAUUCUCAACAGUUUCAUUUCCAUUAUUUCCAAUGUUUGCCUCGAAUACUCUUAGUAAAAUAGCACAGUUUACUCUCUUUUCUCACAAAGGCAGUCCGAACCCUUGGAAGGUAGCUCUUGCUCUAAAAGAAUUGAAUCUUUCUUACGACUCCGUCUUUUAUGACUUUGGGAAAAACGAGCAAAAGAGCGUAGAGCACCUUGCUUACAAUCCUAACGGAAGAGUACCUACACUAGUCGACCAUAAAAACAAAGAAAUUGCUAUCUGGGAAUCCGAUGCAAUUUUGGCGUACUUGACGGACAAGUACGACACGGAAAGAAAGAUAUCGUUAUCCCAUGAUCAUCCUAAUUAUCAUCAUUUGCUUCAGUAUCUCUUCUUCCAAUCUUCCGGUCAAGGUGUCAUCUGGGGACAAGCUUCCUGGUUCAACUUUUAUCACCCAGAACCUGUAACGUCUGCCAUUACCAGAUACAGGAAUGAAACGAAGCGUGUGCUCGGCGUGUUGGAAACUAUCCUUCAAGACAAAGAGUAUCUUGUUGCUAACAAAUGUACGAUUGCCGACUUGUCUUUUGUGACCUGGAACAGCUUGUUGCCAGCAGUUUUCGGUCCAGGCAGACACAAAUUUAAGGAAGACCUUCCUCAAAUAGAUUUUGAAAAGGAGUUUCCAAAGACUUAUGCUUGGCAUCAACGUCUUAUUCAGCGUCCGGCUGUUGCUGCCGCCUUAGAUGAGCGAGAGCAGCUCUUAAAACAGUAAGUCAUAUUUCAAUUUAUAACUUGAAUCCCCUAAAAUUUUCAACAUUUUUUUAUAUGAUUGAUAAUGAACAAAUGGUUUUUGAACAUCC